CACCCAUCUCCCUAGUCUUCACUAUUCUCCUUGCAACUUUAGAGCAAAACCUCAUCAACAAAGAAGAUUAGCUGAGUAUCAUGGCAACUUCUGCAAUCCAGAGAUCAGCAUUCGCCGGCCAGACCGCCUUGAAGCAGCCCAAUGAGCUUGUCCGGAAGGUUGGUGGCCUCGGUGGUGGCCGCAUCACCAUGCGCCGGACUGUUAAAAGCACCCCACAAAGCAUAUGGUAUGGCCCAGACCGCCCCAAGUACUUGGGCCCAUUCUCUGAGCAAACUCCAUCAUACCUGACCGGUGAAUUCCCUGGUGACUAUGGGUGGGACACUGCUGGGUUAUCAGCAGAUCCUGAGACAUUCGCCAAGAACCGUGAGCUUGAGGUCAUCCACUGCAGAUGGGCCAUGCUUGGUGCACUGGGUUGUGUCUUCCCUGAGAUUCUUUCAAAGAAUGGUGUCAAAUUUGGUGAGGCUGUCUGGUUCAAGGCUGGAGCUCAGAUCUUCUCAGAGGGUGGUCUCGACUACCUUGGCAACCCCAACCUUGUUCAUGCCCAGAGCAUCCUUGCAAUCUGGGCCUGCCAAGUUGUGCUCAUGGGAUUCGUUGAAGGAUACCGUGUUGGUGGAGGCCCACUUGGUGAGGGACUGGAUGCAAUUUACCCAGGUGGGGCUUUUGACCCACUUGGCUUGGCAGAUGACCCUGAAGCAUUUGCAGAACUGAAGGUGAAGGAGAUCAAGAACGGUCGCCUGGCAAUGUUUUCAAUGUUUGGAUUCUUCGUUCAGGCUAUUGUCACUGGAAAGGGCCCAAUUGAGAACCUCGUUGACCACCUUGCUGAUCCAGUUGCCAACAACGCAUGGGCUUAUGCCACCAACUUUGUCCCCGGCAAGUGAAGAUAAGUGUGUGAGAUUCACCUUUUCAGCUGUAACAUUACUUAACCUUGUUGGUCUUUAUUGAACUUGUCUUCUGUGGAUUGGGUUGGUAAUGAUGUAAUUUGCUAGUAGAACUGCUUGGAACUACUGUAUUACUAAUGAGACCAGCUCCUUUGUUGCCA